AUGAGGAAACCUGUCGAGUCAGAGAAUGUCCACCAUCACAGCCCCCCUACCACAGAGACUUCUCAUGUACCACACCAGCACCACUACUCCCAGCACUACACUACACUACAGGCGUCUAAUGACAGGCGGAGUGAGAGAUGGGAGGAUGAGAGUAAAGAGGAGCAGAGGGCAGAGGGGGUAGUCAGGCAAUCAGACAGGCAGACCCCAUUGGGCCAGGCUGGCCUCAAUGACAAGAGGACCCCGGCCGGCCCCGCCGCCUGCGCAGCGCUGACAGAUGCUGCGAUGCUGUUAGACAGAGUGAAUAUGCAGCAGGAGCUCACUGGCUCCAGCCACAUAUACUGUCACUACCACUUAGCCUCAGCCUCCAAACUAGCAAUUAACUCCCAGAGCCCCCAUUCCCAAUGCUGGCCUCUGUGGCCAACGCAGAGCCUGAGCCCCGGGGCACGCCGAGCUCCCAGCUCCCAGCCAAGCUCCCAGCCCAGGACCCAGCCUAGCGUCCAGCCCCCGGCCCAGCUCUCGGCCCAGCUCCCAGCCCAGCGCCCAGCUCCCGGCCCAGCUCCCAGCCCAGCCCAGCACCCAGCCCAGCGUCCAGCUCCCAGCCCAGCUCCCAGCCCAGCCCAGCACCCAGCCCAGUGCCCAACUCCCAGCCCAGCUCCCAGCCCAGCACCCAGCCCAGCGUCCAGCACCCGGCCCAGCUCCCAGCCCAGCACCCAGCCCAGCACCCAGCCCAGUGUCCCAGCCCAGCUCCCAGCCCGGCCCAGCUCCCAGCCCAGCUCCCAGCCCAGCUCCCAGCCCAGCACCCAGCCCAGCGUCCAGCUCCCAGCCCAGCUCCCAGCCCAGCACCCAGCCCAGCGUCCAGCUCCCGGCCCAGCUCCCAGCCCAGCUCCCAUCCUAGCGCCCAGCCCAGCGCCCAGCACCCAGCCCAGCGUCCAGCUCCCAGCCCAGCUCCCAGCCCAGCUCCCAGCCCAGCUCCCAGCCCAGCACCCAGCCCAGCCCAGCACCCAGCUCAGCCCAGCUCCCAGCCCAGCACCCAGCCCAGCUCCCAGCCCAGCUCCCAGCCCAGCGCCCAGCACCCAGCCCAGCGUCUAG